CGCCCACCCACCUACAAGGACAAAUUUGUCACCAUCUGCGUGAACAUUUUCGAGUACGGCCUGAAACAGCAGGAAAAGCGGAAGAUCGAGCUGGACACGUUUACUGAGUGCAUCCAGGAGGCGAUCCAGGAGAACCAGGAGCAGGGCAAACUCAAGAUCGCCCAGUUCGAGGAGAAGCACUCGCUGAGCCUAAGCAAUAUCCGCGAGGCAUCAGAGCUGCCCACCGCGGAGAGGAUCGCGGAGUGCGACCAGGACAUCACCGAGCUGUUCAACGCGCUCAUGACCCUGGAGAUGCAGCUGGCGGAGCAGCUGGAGGAGACCAUAAGCAUGUUUGAGAGGAACAUUGUCGACCUGGUGGGGCUCUUCAUUGAGAACGUGCAAAGCCUGAUGGCGCAGUGUCGGGACCUGGAGAACCACCACCAUGAGAAGCUGCUGGAGAUCUCCAUCAACACCCUGGAGAAGAUGGUCAAGGGCGAGCCGGACGAGGACCUGCCCGACGACGUGCGAGCGCUGUUCGUGGACAAGGACACGAUCGUUAACGCCGUCGGGGCCUCGCACGACAUUCACCUGCUGAAGAUCGACAACCGAGAGGACGAGCUGGUGACCAGGAUCAACUCCUGGUGCACGCAGCUGGUGGACAAGAUUCACAGGGAUGAGAUCACGCGGAACCGCAAGCGGGUGCGGGAGAUCAAUCAAUACAUCGACCACGCGCAGAGAGAGCUGGAGAGCCUGGAGAGCCCCGACAUGGACUAGCGGCCGCGGCGGCCCCAGCCGGCGGCAGCGCGCAUGCGCCCCCGGCUGUCCCAGGACGGCCACGGGGCUGGGGGGGAGGGGGUCUCAGCCCCCUCGCACCUGUCUUUCCCCUGCUCGUGGGAAAACAUCCAGAUACGGAGAGAAAUAAACGGCC